GUUCAUUGGAUCAGGACAUUCCGUGCCUGGUCCUUCUUUCUCGUUCUCCAGUCUCCCAUCUCUUCUGAUCUCUCUUCAGGGUUUUCUCUGAAGACCGGUCGUUUGAUUAUUUUAAAAAGUUGUGAAGUGUAGUGUCGGUUUCGUAGUGCAAGUGCCCAGUGAGUGUUGUGUGAUUAGAAAAUCUAGGGCCAUCAAAAUGUGGCCUACAGCUACACUCUUCCUAGCCCUCUUAGCUUCAGGGCUGGGCGACGACACGUCAGUGGGACCGAUGUUCAUCAAGGAACCCCCGAACAGGGUUGACUUCUCCAACACGACAGGCGCGGUAAUAGAAUGCACGGCUCGAGGUAACCCCACUCCGGAAAUCAUCUGGGUCCGAUCGGAUGGAACUGCCGUUGGCGACGUUCCUGGUCUGCGACAGGUUUUGGCAAAUGGUAAUUUGGUGUUUCCACCUUUCAGAGCGGAGGACUACAGGCAAGAAGUCCAUGCGCAGGUUUACAUCUGCCUUGCCAAGAAUACAGUCGGUACCAUACACUCCAGAGAUGUUAAUGUCAGAGCUGUUGUAUCGCAGACUUAUAUAGCACACGUCCACCCCGAGUUCGCCAUUCGUGGUAACUCUGUAGUCUUCAAGUGCAGUAUCCCCUCGUUUGUAGCCGACUUUGUUUCUGUCACAUCAUGGCUUUUAGAGGGUGGAGAAGAAGUCUUUCCUGACCAACAAUAUGUUGUUACUCAGAUUUAUGAAACUAACGUGGCUCCCGAAUACGCAAUAAGGGGUAAUUCGGUAGUACUGAAAUGCAGUAUCCCUUCCUUCGUGGCAGACUUCGUCCACGUCCUAUCAUGGGUUACAGACAGCGGGCAGGAAAUUUAUCCUACCCAAGACUAUGUUGUAACUCAAGCUUACGAAGCUAACGUUGGGGUGGACUACGCCAUAAGAGGAAAUUCAGUCGUAGUUAAAUGUGGAAUACCAUCCUUCGUUGCUGAUUUUGUCCAAGUGAUAUCCUGGCACACUGAUAAAGGCGACGAUAUUUACCCUACAGAAGAUUAUGUGGUUAGCCAGAGCUACAAAUCAAGAGUGACGGAUGAAGACGUACUGCGUGGAAAUUCUGCAAUUUUGAAAUGUCAGAUACCAAGUUUUGUAGCCGACUUCGUUGAUGUUGUAUCUUGGGAAAGAGAGGAUGGAGAAACAUACACCAGCAACUUAGGAGAUGGUUAUGUUGUGAACCAAAAAUACGAAGCUGAAAUUUUAAACGAAUACGUUAUCCGAGGAAACUCAGCAGUAAUGAAAUGCAGUAUUCCUUCAUUCGUUGCUGACUUUGUUUAUGUCUCAUCUUGGCUGGAUGAAACUGGAAAAGAAUAUCUUCUUUCUAAGGUUUCUUUUGUUGUUAGUCAGGAUUAUCGGACGGAAGCAGAGAACGAGUUUGUUAUUCGUGGCAACAGCGCAGUUAUGAAGUGUAAGAUACCAAGCUUCGUGGCUGAUUUCGUCGCCGUCAUUUCGUGGUUAUCCAGCGAUGGGACUGAAAUGACGAAAGAAUCCACAUUUUUUGGUACUGCUUUCAUCGGAUCUGUUCCUGUUGUGUUGGUUUCUCAACCUUACGAAGCUGAAGCUGAUAACGAGUACGUCAUUCGAGGCAACAGCGUCGUCAUGAAAUGUGAAAUACCUAGUUUCGUUUCUGAUUUCGUGGCGGUUAUGAAUUGGAUUGAUAGUCAUGGAAACGUCUACCUUCCCAACACAGAUUACGUUGUUGAUCAGUUCUACCAGUCAAGAGUAAAUGACGAAUUCGUUCUCCGUGGAAAUGCCGCUACAAUCAAAUGCAUUUUACCAAGUUUCGUAGCAGACUUUGUUCAUGUCGUUGAUUGGGAAACAGAUAAAGGAGAAACUUUCACUCUUAAUGAUAAUAUCUAUGUUGUUAGUCAAAACUACAAGGCAAGAGUAAUGGACGAAGACAUACUUCGAGGAAAUUCUGCGAUUUUAAAAUGUCAGAUACCAAGUUUUGUAGCUGACUUUGUUGAUGUUGUAUCAUGGGAAACAGAUGAUGGCGAAACAUAUACUACAUCUAACUUAGGAAAGGUUUAUGUUGUGAACCAGGAUUACAUGGUGAGAGUCAUUGAUGAACAUAUACUUCGCGGGAAUUCAGCAACUUUGAAGUGUCUCAUUCCAAGCUUCAUUACGGAUUUUGUUGAAGUGAUUUCUUGGGAAACGGAUGAAAAUGAGAUAUUUACAAUGUCUGAGACAGGAUAUAAUGAUAUUGUUGUUAAUCAGCCCUAUGAUGGAAGGGUCAUUGAUGAGUAUAUCCUGAGGGGGAACUCAGCUGUGCUUAAGUGCCUCGUGCCUAGUUUCGUUGCUGACUUCAUUGAAGUGGUCGGAUGGGAAAUAAGCGAUGGUCAGUCCUUCGUAGCAUCUGGAACUGAGGACAAUUAUGAUGGUAAAUACUUAGUGCUGCCCUCUGGUGAACUGCAUAUUAAAGAUGUCGGACCUGAAGAUGGACAGAAAUCAUAUCAAUGUCGCACCAAACACAGGCUUACUGGAGAAACGAGACUCAGUGCUACUAAAGGUCGACUUGUCAUCACUGAUCCAGUCGGAACCAAAGCACCAAGCAUACCUUUCAAAGAAACUAAAAUCUGGCUCAUAGCAAGUUCAGGUGCGGAUUUCAGUCUUCAGUGUCUGGCACAGGGAUUCCCAGUUCCUAGUUUCAGGUGGUACAAAUUCGUCGAAGGCACUUCCAAAAAGCAGGCUGUAGUAAUGAACGACCGAGUGAAGCAGGUUUCAGGAACUCUUAUUAUUCGUGAAGCAAAAGUUGAAGAUUCAGGAAAAUACCUUUGCGUUGUUAAUAAUUCAGUUGGCGGUGAAAGUGUUGAAACAGUUCUUACAGUCACUGCUCCUCUUAGUGCCAGCAUUGAGCCAUCUGUUCAAACUGUGGAUUUCGGCAGACCAGCAACGUUGUCUUGCAAUUUCGAAGGAAACCCUGUAAAAACACUGUCAUGGCUUAAAGACGGAAAAGUACUGCCAAACAAGGAAGCUAUGUUGAAAAUCGAAUCUGUGAGAAAGGAAGACAAGGGAAUGUACCAAUGUUUUGUGAGAAAUGAACAAGAAAGCGCUCAGGCUAGUGCAGAGCUUAAAUUGGGGAGCCGAUUCGAACCACCAUUGAUUAAGGAUUACUUCAACAAUGAAACCCUACAACCUGGUGCUUAUCUUAAACUCAAGUGUGUCGCCAAAGGAAACCCAACCCCUGAAAUAACUUGGUAUUUGGAUGGAAAGAAACUGAUCAAGUCAGACAAGCAGCAAAUUGGACAGUACACUUCUCUGGCAGGAGAUGUCAUUUCUCACCUGAAUAUGUCAUCCGUUCAGACUAAUGACGGCGGUUUAUACAAGUGUGUAGCAUCAUCAAAAGUUGGAGUCACCGAGCAUGCUGAAAGGAUCAAUAUUUACGGACAGCCAUUCGUUCGACCAAUGGAGAAGAAAGCUAUUGUUGCUGGAGAAACCUUGAUUGUUACCUGCCCCUAUGCUGGAUAUCCUAUUGACUCAAUCAUUUGGGAAAGAGAUGGACGAGCUCUGCCUAUCAACAGGAAGCAAAAGGUUUUUCCAAACGGAACUUUGAUCAUUGAAAAUUUGGAAAGGCUGUCUGAUCAAGCAACUUACACUUGCGUUGUCAAAAAUUCUCAAGGAUACACUUCUCGCGGAACACUUGAUGUUCAAGUUAUGGUUCAGCCACAUAUAAAUCCAUUUCAUGUGGAAGACGAGGUGAAUAAUGGCGACAGUGUUCAACUUCAAUGCCAUGUUUCAAAAGGUGAUAGGCCUUUGAGUAUAUCUUGGAGUUUUCAUGGUGAAGAACUAUCUUCACACUUGGGUAUCGAAACUACAAAAGUAGUACUGCCUUAUAUUGUGCCGUUUCAAUUCGAAGAAAAUCUUUUUGCUGGAGAAUCGGUUCAGAUAAACUGCUAUGUUUCGAAAGGCGAUACGCCUUUAAAAAUUUCCUGGAUGUUUCACGGUGAAGACUUAUCGACACAUAUGGGAAUGACAACAUCGAGGAUUGGAGAGAGAACAAGUUUACUCACAAUCGAUUCUCUCAUGUCGGCACAUUCGGGCAACUACACAUGCAAAGCUGAAAAUCGUGCUGGAGUUGUUGAUUUUACAGCUCCGAUGAUUGUUUCUGUUCUACCCCACAUUAUACCAUUUGGUAUUGACGAAGAGAUAAAUAACGGCGAUAGCAUUCAGCUGAAUUGCCACGUCUCAAAGGGAGACUUACCCUUGACAAUUAUGUGGGAUUUCAACGGUGACCUAUUAGACAAUCCAUCUGUUUCGGGAGUGACGACUACCAAGAUCGUUCUUCCAAAAAUAAUUCCAUUUGGUUUUGGCGCUUCUCCAAUAUUUGCUGGACAACCCAUCCAGGUUACAUGCUUGGUAAUGGAAGGAGAUUCUCCACUUAGUAUUACGUGGAGUUUUAACACGAAAGAGAUUCCCGAAAAUGGUGACGUAACUACGAUACGAGCUAGGGAUAAUUUGAGUAUGAUGUUAAUUGACGCGGCAAAAGCACACCAUACCGGUACCUACACUUGUUCUGUUAAGAAUCCUGCUGGAAUGUCAAAUUAUUCUGCCGAUCUCCAGAUCAAUGUUCUUCCUCGGAUCGAUCCGUUCACUUUUGGGGAAUCCCCAAUAUUUGCUGGAGAGUCAGCGCAAGUGAACUGCUUCGCUUCCCAAGGAGACUUGCCGAUGGAUAUAGUCUGGAGUUUCAAUGGGGAAACGGAUUUGUCUUCUUUCGGGGUCUCAACAAUGAGUGCUGGCAAAAGAGGCAAAAUGCUCCUUAUCGAAUCAGUCGCUUCUGUUAAUAGAGGGCAGUACAACUGCACCGCUAAGAAUUUAGCUGGCUCGACAACAUUUUCUGCAUAUCUUGAGAUACAUGUACCACCGAGGUGGAUUAUUGAGCCUACAGAUAAAGCUUUUGCUCAGGGUAGCGAUGCCAAAGUUGAAUGCAAAGCCGAUGGUUUCCCAAGGCCCGCAGUUACCUGGAAGAGAGCCACAGGGGAUUCACCUGGUGAUUACAAAGAUUUAAAACCAAACAAUCCAGAUGUUAAAGUUGAAGAAGGUACAUUGUUGAUUCAUAAUAUCCAGAAAACAAGCGAAGGUUAUUAUUUAUGCGAAGCAGUCAAUGGCAUCGGCUCUGGGCUAUCUGCAGUGAUAAUGAUAAGUGUUCAGGCGCCACCACAAUUCGAUGUUAAAAAUAGAAACCAGACUGCAAGGAUUAACGACCCAACAGUAUUACAGUGCGAGGCCAAAGGAGAGAAACCUAUUGGAAUUAUUUGGAAUAUGAAUAACAAGCGUUUGGACCCCAAAAGUGAUAUCAGGUACACCAUCCGCGAAGAGAUUUUACCUCAUGGCGUUCUCUCAGACCUCAGUAUCAGGACAACUGGGAGGGAAGAUUCAGCUUUAUUUACCUGCGUUGCUACUAACUCGUUCGGAAGUGAUGAUACCAGCAUACUUCUUAUUGUGCAAGAGGUUCCAGAAGCUCCUAAUGGUUUGAAAGUUUUGGAUAAGUCAGGAAGAACUGUUCAAUUGUCCUGGUCUGCACCUUAUGAUGGCAACUCUCCAAUCAAACGCUACCUGAUUGAAUACAAAGUUUCAAAGGGCAAGUGGGACAAUGAUAUUAAUCGAGUUAUGGUUCCUGGACACCAAACCAUGGAAAGCGUUCCGAAUCUAAGCCCUGCUACUACUUACCAUAUGAGAGUUGUCGCUGAAAACGAUGUCGGUACAUCAGAACCAUCAGAGCCUGUCAUGAUCAUUACUGCUGAAGAAGCUCCAAGCGGCCCUCCAACAAAUGUGAAAGUAGAAGCAAUGGAUCAGGUAACACUCAAAGUGACAUGGAAUCCUCCAGAGAAAGAAAACUGGAACGGAGAAAUCCUUGGCUAUUACGUCGGCUACAAACUAUCUAGCUCAGACAAACCUUACCUGUUCGAGACCGUUGAGUUCAGCAAGGAAGAAGGCAAGGAGCACCAUCUACUGAUUAAUUCACUUAAAACUUACACGCAAUACUCAGUUGUUGUCCAAGCUUUCAACAAACUCGGCGCUGGUCCAACUACCGAAGAAAUCAAACAGUAUACCGCCGAAGGUACACCUAACGAACCACCAAAGGACCCUACUUGUACUACUCUUACAUCACAAACUAUCAGGAUUGUUUGGAACCCACCGAAUCCUGCUACAGCAAACGGAGUUAUCAGGGGCUAUAAAGUAAUUUACGGACCUACUGAAAUUUGGUAUGAUGAGAAAUCCAAGGAUUCCAAAAUAACACAAGCCAGCGAAACUAUCAUUCAUGGAUUAAAGAAAUACACAAACUACACGAUGCAAGUAUUGGCAUACACUGCUGGUGGUGAUGGCGUCCGAUCUGCUCCUAUUCACUGCCAGACUGAUCAAGAUGUUCCUGAUUCUCCAACUGCUAUUAAGGCCCUGGCCAUGUCUGAAGAAUCUAUUUUGAUCUCUUGGAAGCCUCCAUCUCAACCAAACGGCAUCAUUUCUCAGUAUGCAGUCUACAUUAAAGAAGAGUCCAAAGGAAAGAAAGCUGAUGAUGUAAAAAGCCAAAAAAUACCACCUUACCAAAUGACUUAUGAAGCUUCUGGUUUGAAUAAAGAUGAAAAAUAUGAAUUUUGGGUCACUGCUUCUACUAACGUAGGUGAAGGAAGGCCAUCUAAACCUGUUGUGUUGACACCAAAUAACAAAGUUCCAGCUAAGAUCGCCUCAUUCGACAGCAAAUUCACUGCAACCUACCACGAAGAUGUGAAACUCCCAUGCCUUACAGUCGGCCAACCAACUCCUGAUAUCACCUGGAAGAUCAAGGGAGUUACUUUCGAAACCAAUGAUAGAAUGCAACAACUACCCGAAGGCUCACUUCUAAUUAAAUCCGUCACUCGUACCGAUGCAGGCGAAUAUUCUUGCCAUGUACAAAACUCCUUUGGUCAUGACAGUGUCACACAUCAUUUGAUCAUCCUUGCUCCUCCCCACAUGCCUCAAGUGACUUUAACUUCAACUACAACCAACUCCAUCACUCUGAAAAUCAAACCAAAUCCUCAAGAUGUUGAACCUGUCCACGGCUUCACUGUCAAAUACAAACCAGAAUUCGGCGAAUGGGAAACUGCCCAACUUCCACCUACCAUCCAUAAAUAUACUCUUGAGAACUUGUGCAUUGGAACUGGAGAUGAAUCCGACAUCCUUAAUACCAGAACAAAGGGAUCCAAACCGAUUAUUCCAGACGCUAGCAGAUUUAUUGAAGUGUCGACUAACAGCAUAACCCUACAUUUGAGCACUUGGUCUGAUGGAGGUUGCCCCAUGCUUUACUUCGUCGUUGAACACAAGAAGAAAAUAUCUACUGAAUGGAAUCAAGUAUCCAAUAAUGUGAAACCUGGUGGUAACUUCGUUGUUCUUGACUUGGAUCCAGCAACCUGGUAUAAUCUUCGAGUUACAGCACAUAAUAAUGCUGGUUUCGCUGUCGCUGAGUACGAAUUUGCAACUUUGACCAUCACUGGAGGUACAAUUGCACCAGCAAGGGAAGUUCCAGACUCCGGCUACGGCCCAGAUUCCCCAAUCAGAAUUCUCCUUUCCAACCUUAACCUUGUCGUACCAGUCAUAUCAGCGAUGCUUGUCAUCAUUGUAGCAAUUAUUGUAGUUUGCUUCCUUCGUGGAAAAGGAUCACCACAUAAAGAUGACAUUGUUUAUAACCAAUCAAUGGUCGGAGGAAAUACUAUCGACAAGAGAUGCCCAGAUUUGCACGAUGAACUCGGCUACAUUCCCCCUCCAAACAGGAAACUGCCACCGGUUCCUGGAUCUAACUACAAUACUUGUGAGAGGAUCAAGAGAGGUACAGGAAUAAUCCUUUUCUUCCCUUAUCAUAACACUAGUCACAUUGCUCUCAAAGCGGACAAUUGGAUCCAAGAUAAUCGCUGCCCUUCCUGUCUUGGGAAAUGCGACAAUAACCGCAUAUCUUGUAGAUCCUUCAUUGUCGAUGCAAUAGACCUCGUCAAAGCAGGUAUGGAUGACGAUAUCUGCCCAUAUGCUACUUUUCACCUGUUAGGAUUCAGGGAAGAAAUGGAUCCUUCGAAGGCUAUGCAAUUCCAGACCUUCCCCCACCAGAAUGGACAUUGUGGCACUCUUGGACCUGGAAAUGGAACAACAACUGCUCAUCAUCGUUCUGGUUCUCAAUCCAUGCCUCGUAAUGGAAGAUACUCCAGGGCAGGUGUCAAUUCAACAUUUUCUCCAGAAUACGACGACCCCGCUAAUUGCACUGAAGAUGAUCCAUAUGGUUCUCAGUAUACUCCUUAUGGUGCUCCCUACGAUCAUUAUAGCAGCAGAAACUCACUCGGAAGAAGGAGUGUCGGAAGCCCAGAGCCGCCCCCACCACCACCACGUAACCACGACAACAGCUCCUCUGCCAACGAGUCUAAGGAAAGCAAUGAGAUGUCUGAGGCUGAGUGCGACAGGGACCAACUUCUCAAUCGCAGCUACCCUGGUGAGUAG